UUAGCAAUCGCUUGGCAACUGUUCCUUGGACGCCUGGAGUCGGCUGCGGGCGAAACAACACACUAGUAAUUUGCAACACUCGCCCCACUCACCCACUCACUCACCCACUCCCUCUCGCUCUACCUGCGAGCGCUGGUCGCCAACGGCAAGGAGGUUCUCCAACACUGGCCAACUAUCCCCCCCGGGGGGGUCGGAGAGGCAUGUCGACCCUGAAAAAGCAAAGAGCCGCUCGCCUCCCCCUGCAAGUCGCCAACGUCAACAAGCCUGUAAUUAUUGGACAACCGGCCACUGGUGCGUUUAAACAGCGGCCCAUCAAACCGACCGCCUUCAGGAAGUUUUACAAAAGGGGCGAUUUUCCCGUCGCCAUGGAACACAACGCUAAAGGGAACCGAAUAGCUUGGAAGGUUGAGAUUGAACAGUUGGACUACCACCACUACCUGCCCCUGUUCUUUGACGGCCUUUGUGAGACCCUACACCCAUACGAGUUCUUUGCCAGACAAGGUGUGCAUGACAUGCUGGAGCACGGGGGGCCGAAGAUCCUGCCGGUCAUCCCGCAACUCAUCAUCCCCAUAAAAAAUGCGUUGAACACCAGGAACAAGCAUGUUAUUUGUACCACGCUGAAGAUCCUGCAGCAUCUUGUCGUUUCUGGCGAGCGGGUCGGGGAAGCCUUGGUCCCCUACUACAGGCAGUUAUUGCCCAUCCUCAACCUAUUUAAAAACCUCAACGUAAAUAUGGGAGACGGUAUUGACUACAGUCAGCAGAAACGGGAAAAUAUUGGUGACCUUAUCAAUGAAACUCUGGAGGUGUUUGAGCGCUUUGGUGGAGAAGAUGCCUUCAUCAACAUAAAGUACAUGGUCCCCACAUAUGAGUCCUGCAUAUUAAACUAAAACUCUACAAAAGGCAGGAAAAUUUAGAAUUGAAAACUUUACUGGGCACAUUUGGACUGCAGUACUUCAAAAUCAUCUUCAUAUAUUUCGGAAAAUUUGAAUGCCAUUUGAAAUAGAAUCUCUUACAGGAAGUAUAAAAACAAGCCAUUAUCAGUGG